ACUACCAGGCUUUUCUCCAUACAGGUCCUUUUAAGAGCUCUCCAGGCCUUUUCCCAGGGAAACUUCUCUGGCCAGCACGCGUGCAAAUUAGGAGUGAUGUUCCUGAGGGUUCUUGGCUGCCAUGAGCCAACGGCUACCUCCUGUGGCUAUUGGACUUUAGUGCCCUAAUUCUUCCUUAUUUUAUGCUACCAUAAAAAGAGUUCUGCUUGCUCCACUCUGGCCCUGAUUACUUAACAUCACCCAGUCAUAUCACCUGGACUGCCCUUGUGGGCAGAGCCGGAAGUUCCUGCAAGCCCUUGUGGGGUGCUCCAUCCUGAACUCUGGCUGUCUUGGAGCCUGCCCUGGAACCACCAGGAAGUCAGCAGCAUGGAGCCGGUCAAGGACACCUCCCGCCCCCCACUGGCUUAUGUGAAGGGGGUCCCGCUCAUCAAGUACUUCAAAGAGGCCAUAGAGCCUCUGCAGAGCUUCCAGGCCCUGCCCGAUGACCUGCUCAUCAGCACCUACCCCAAGUCGGGCACCACGUGGGUGAGUGAGAUGCUGGACAUGAUCUACCAGGGUGGUGACCUAGAGAAGUGUCGCCGAGCCCCCAUCUACAUACGGGUGCCUUUCCUGGAGAUCAGACAUCCAGGGGUUCUCUCAGGGCUGGAGACUUUGAAAGACACCCCCUCGCCAAGGCUGCUCAAGACGCACCUGCCUGUGGCCCUGCUCCCCCAGUCUCUGUGGGAUCAGAAGGUGAAGGUGGUCUACCUUGCCCGCAAUGCGAAGGAUGUGGUGGUCUCCUAUUACAACUUCUACCAAAUGGCCAAGAUGCACCCUGAUCCGGGCACCUGGGACAACUUUCUGGAGGACUUUAUGGCUGGGAAAGUGUCCUACGGGUCCUGGUACCAGCACGUGCAGGAGUGGUGGGAGCUGAGCCACACCCAUCCUGUCCUCUACCUCUUCUACGAGGACAUGAAGGAGAACCCCAAAAGGGAGCUGCAGAAGAUCCUGGAGUUCGUGGGGCGCUCCCUGCCCGAGGAGACCAUGGAUCUCAUCAUCCAGCACACGUCCUUCAAGGAGAUGAAGAAGAACCCCAUGACCAACUACACCAGCAUACCCACUGAGGUCAUGGACCACACCGUUUCCCCCUUCAUGAGGAAAGGCACUGUGGGGGACUGGAAAAACACCUUCACUGUGGCCCAGAAUGAGCGCUUUGAUGCCCACUACGCAGAGAGGAUGGCGGGCUGCAGCCUGCGCUUUAAGUGGCAGCCUGAAGUGGCGACACGGGUCCUCUGAGUGCUCACAGGAGCCUCCUGUCCAGCUCAGUUUACAGCUCGGGGCCUGGCUGGCACGUGGGAGGUCCUAAGUAGAUUCCAAGUUAAAAAAAAAAAAAAAAAAGAAAGAAAAAGCCAGCGCUGAAACAGCUGCUACACAUACAACCCCAAAGCAAGGUCAUUAUAAUCAAAGCACUAGCCCUUGCCGCUUUUGCUGUUUUCUGCCACCUGGAAUGGUCGUCCCUCUGUCUUGGAGCCAGCUGGUUAUGGACGGAACCAUUUACAGACUACGAGCUCAAUAAGCCUUCAUCCUUUCAAAACCCAAAUCAAAUCAAAUCCACUAAAGGAAAUUGGAAUGAUGUUCCCUGCUCUAAACCCCCACUGUCCUCAAACAAGAAGAGCUAAAUUCCAGGUGGGAAGGGACAAUCACAUGCACAGAAUUGUCACUAGGAUAAUCUGUAUAGGUAGAAGGGAAAAAAUGUCGCAGCAAGUUAGAACCCGAAUAUGGUAAUGGGACUGGCACCCCUUGGGGAGGUGUGAUGGGAAAGAGGGCGAGAGGCCAGGGCUCUGCCUGCCUCGAAGAUGCCCUCCGAGCUGCACACCUUUGCCUUCUUGCGGGUCAUCUUUGGAUUCCUAUCCUCACGGGCUUGCCCUCUCUGAUCCAGCAGAGAAAUAAAAGCCUCAUUCCCACACCAA